AUGGCGUCAACUAGUAAAGACGUUGGACCAAAGAAGAGAAGAAUCACAGAAGAAUUGAGAAGUUUUCAAGACAGGCGAGUGGACGACAUUGGAAAGCAUAUUGAAGAUAAUUUGAAAAGUCGAGCAUCCGAGUUUAUAUUUUAUGCUCUAGCAUUGAAUGAAAGCACAGAGAUGGCAGAUACUGCCCAACUGGCAAUUUUUAUCAGGGGUGUUGAUAUCCAUUUUAAAAAGACAGAAGAAUUAGCGGCACUGUAUCCACUUAAGGACACUACUAAGUCACGAGAUUUGUUAGAGGCAGUUACAUCGGCAUUGAAUCGCUUUUCGUUACAACUUAACAACUUAUCGGGCUUAACAACGGAUGGUGCUCCAGCAAUGGUUGGGAAACACGAAGGUUUAGUAAAAUUGAAUGAAAAUGAGGCCUCCAAAGUCAGUAAUACUUCAAUGCUAAAUUUUCAUUGCAUUAUUCAUCGGGAGAAUUUAUGUUCGAAGUCCCUCAAAAUGGACCAUGUCAUGAAAGUGGUCGUUAAAAUAGAGAUCUUCAUUAAAUCGAACGGGUUGAAUCACCGUCAGUUCCAAAUAUUUCUAAAGUCUUUGGACUCAGAUUAUAAUGACGUUACAUUUUAUGCAGAAGUAAGAUGGCUGACCUGUGCCAAAAUGUUGAAAAGAGUGUUUGAUUUGCAGCAAGAAAUACAAUCAUUCUUUGCAAGCAAGUCAAAAAGUAUCCCAGAGUUUGAAGACAAAGAGUGGGUUUGCGACUUUACAUUUCUGGUCGAUAUAACUAGCCACCUAAAUGACGUUAAUACUCGUCUACAAGGGAAAGAUCAAUUAAUUAAUAAGAUGUAUGAUCAUAUUUCUGCAUUUCAAAUGAAACUUGGUUUUUGGGAACAACAAUUGAAGACAAAAAACUUUACUCACUUUCCUACAUUGUCAUUGCAACCAGACGUCACACAGGAGGCGGCGGAUAAAUACGCUCCUUUGAUAUCUCACUUAAACCUCGAAUUUGAAAACCGAUUUCAAGAUUUUGAAAAACAUCAUGUGCUUUUUUGUGCAUUUGCAACGCCAUUCGCGGUAGACGUGAAUUUAUUACCAGGAAGAUUACAAAUGGAACAUUGUGAAAUGUGUUGUGAUACACAGUUAAAGGAGAAAUUCCAUCAAGUUGGUUUGGGAGAAUUCUAUAAAACGUAUUUGCACAAGGAUAAAUAUCCUGCGUUUUACAAACAUGCUCUGUCGAUGGUUUCGCUAUUUGGAAACACUUAUGCGUGUGAACAGCUUUUUAGUCGCAUGAAGCACAUCAAAUCACAAGUGAGAACACGAAUUACUGAUGUUCAUUUGGAAAACUGUUUGGAUGUAGCGACAACAUCAGUCGAGAUCAAUUUUGAUGCACUUAGUUCUGUAAAACAAAGUCAGAUGUCUCACUUUUAA